GUGAAAGGAAAGAGUCAAAGUGGCAUCCUUGGGGCUUGUGCCGGGACGUGCGGUUGAACACCAAGCCUUUCAAGAUGGUCCUUUUCAGCAUCCUUAGAAUCCUUCUUCUUUGGGGACUGGUGCUUUUUAUGGAACACAUGGUCCAAAUGACACAGGUAGGGCAGCCCUCUGUUGCCCUACUGCCUGAGGCCACUACUUUGCCCCUGAUUCGGGAGCUGCUGGAAGAAGUCCCUGGCAAGCAGCAGAGGAAGCCACCGGUCCUAGGGCAUCCCUUGCGGUAUAUGCUGGAGUUGUACCAGCGUUCAGCUGAUAUGCAUGGGCAUCCUAGGGAGAACCGCACCAUCGGGGCCACCAUGGUGAGGCUGGUGAAGCCAUUGGCAAAUGUAGCAAGGCAUCUCAGAGGCCCCUGGCACAUACAGACCCUGGACUUUCCUCUGAGACUGAACCGAGUAGCACACAAACUAGUAAGGGCCACUGUGGUUUACCGUCAUCAAUUUCACCUAGCUCACUUCCACCUCUCCUGCCAUGUGGAGCCCUGGGUCCAGAAAAGCCCAACCCAUCACUUUCCUCCUUCAGGAAGAGUCUCCUCAAGGCCUUCCCUGUUGCCCAAAGCUUGGACAGAGAUGGAUAUCACGCCACAUGUUGGGCAAAAGCUCUGGAACAAUCAGGGGCGCAGGGUCCUACGACUCCGCUUCGUGUGUCAGCAGCCUAAAGGGAGUGAAGUUUCUGAGUUCCAGUGGCAGGGCACUUCAUUGUUGGACACUGCCUUCUUAUUACUCUAUUUCAAUGACACUCAAAGUGUUCAGACGGCCAGGCUUCUCCCCCGAGGCCUGGAAGAGUUUCCAGAGAGAAAUUCUUCUCUUCUUUUGCGGAGGGCCCGGCAAGCAGGCAGCACGUCAUCUCAGGUUCCUGGCCCCUCCAGGGAGCAUGACGGGCCUGAAAGUAACCAGUGCUCCCUUCACCCUUUCCAAGUCAGCUUCCGCCAGCUGGGCUGGGAUCACUGGAUCAUUGCACCCCAUUUCUAUACCCCAAACUACUGUAAGGGAGUCUGCCCUCGGGUACUACACUACGGUCUCAAUUCUCCCAAUCACGCCAUCAUCCAGAACCUUGUCAAUGAACUGGUGGACCCCAGUGUCCCUCGGCCCUCCUGUGUCCCUUAUAAGUAUGUUCCCAUUAGUGUCCUUCUGAUUGAGGCGAAUGGGAGUAUCUUGUACAAGGAGUAUGAGGAUAUGAUUGCCCAGUCCUGCACAUGCAGGUGA